AUGUUACUGGAAAAGACAGAGCUCAAAAAAUCCGACUCCUCCGCCGAGGCUACUCCGCCAAUCCGAGAACAAGGGGCGCGGCUGACCGAAAUGCUCGAGCCUAACCCUACGCAGUCCCAGCCCACGGAUGAGCUCGACACGGAGAUUAGAGAGGCCCAGGCGCAGCUCGCAAAUUUGAAGCGGCAGCGACGGCUCCUUGAGAUCCAACAACAAGUUGCUGAUGAGCAGAUAGCGCUUGAGGUGGCUUGGAACCGGCUCGCGGCUACCACCAGCAAAGAUUGCUCGCCCACUAUCGGCCCUGUUGCGAAGGACUCGGUCAAUGCACAAUACAGGGGGCUUGCAGCACCGAUGCAAACCGGGGACAGCAAGGCUGGUAUUAUCCAAGCUCCAGACAAUAUUCUCCCUGCACCAUCUGAGCAAGCUGUCAGCCCCUCUUUCCGUGCGCCCCAGCUGAACCUUUCACUUGUUAAAACCGAAAAUACAGACUCGAAUGGCGCCGCAGACCCGAAUUUGGAACGAUUACGGGAACUUGCUGCAGCUACUAGAUCGGCCUCGUCACCUUCCCAAGUUCCAGUCCCAAACGUGCCAGUCUACCAUGGUCGAGCCCUCGGGGAAUUCAAGAACUACGCUAUGAGCCUGGAGUGUCAUUUCAACAGAUAUCUAGAUUGGUACAAUACCGACGAGCGCAAAGUCACCCGGGCCCUAAAGCACGUUGCCCUUAAUCUGGAAGAUAAGUGGAAGCGACAGAUACGCGAAAGGCCCAGUGAACAAGUUACAUUUGGUCGAUUUUGCACUUUCCUUAUUCACCAGCUCCAGAAUGGAGUCUAUCCGAAAGUGGCCAAAGCGCGCUACAUAAAUAGCUACCAGCGCCCAUCCCAGUCCGUGACUGAUUUUUCCAACUGGUUGCAGCAAUGGGAGCCGCAUUUCGACAAUGAUUUCUCUGAGCGUGAUCGCAUGCGCCAUCUCUUUGAGCAUCUGUCGAAUAGGGUCCGCGACGAGGCUGACAAGACCUACCUGGAAUUCAUCCAUUAUUACGAUUUUGUAAUCUACCUGCAAAGUGUCGAGGAUUCUAUUGAUAAACGUGCCGGACCACUAGACAAGAAGUUUAGCAACCCUAGGAAGCGACCUCGCACCCACAGCUGA